AGAAUUCAGUUCAGGUUCUUGGCAAAUGGGCAUCAGCAUCAUCCAUUAGCCAACAGGAUGGAGAUCACAUCUUUAAAUUCCCAGAAGCAGCCAUCACUGUGCAAGGAUGGAGAAGACUGUCAAGAAAAUGGAAUUCUACAGAAGGGUGUCCUCACCCCUGGGGAUAAGAAGGAGUCUGGCCAGAUCUCUAAUGGGUACUCAGUGGUUCUGAGCCCCAGUGCAGAUGACACUCAGCACUCCAUCCCAGCUGCCACCACCGCCCUAGUGGCUGAGGUUCACCAAGAGGAACGGGAGACCUGGGGCAAGAAGAUGGACUUCCUCCUGUCGGUCAUUGGCUACGCCGUGGACCUGGGCAACGUCUGGCGCUUUCCCUACAUAUGCUACCAGAAUGGAGGGGGGGCGUUCCUUAUCCCCUACACCAUCAUGGCCAUUUUUGGGGGGAUCCCACUCUUCUACAUGGAGCUUGCGCUGGGCCAGUACCACCGAAACGGGUGCAUUUCAGUAUGGAGGAAAAUCUGCCCGAUUUUCAAAGGGAUUGGUUACACCACCUGCAUCAUUGCCCUUUACACCGCCUUCUACUACAACACCAUCAUGGCCUGGGCACUCUACUACCUCAUCUCCUCCUUCACCGCCCAGCUGCCCUGGACCAACUGCAAGAACUCCUGGAACACUGCCAACUGCACCAACUACUUCUCGGAGGACAACAUCACCUGGACACUCCACUCCACGUCCCCUGCAGAGGAAUUUUACACGCGCCACAUCCUGCAGAUCCACCGGUCUACGGGACUCCAGGACCUGGGCAGCAUCAGCUGGCAGCUUGUCCUCUGCAUCAUGCUGAUCUUCGCUGUUAUCUACUUUAGCAUCUGGAAAGGCGUCAAAACAUCUGGCAAGGUGGUGUGGGUGACAGCCACCUUCCCUUACAUCGUCCUUGUGGUCCUGCUGGUGAGGGGGGCCACCCUCCCUGGAGCCUGGAGGGGUGUUCUCUUCUACUUGAAACCGAACUGGCAGAAACUCCUGGAGACAGAGGUGUGGGUAGCUGCUGCCUCUCAGAUCUUCUUCUCUCUUGGUCCUGGCUUUGGGGUCCUACUGGCUUUUGCUAGCUACAACAAGUUCAACAACAACUGCUAUCAAGACGCCCUGGUGACCAGUGCGGUGAACUGCAUGACCAGCUUGCUCUCGGGGUUUGUCAUCUUCACGGUGCUUGGAUAUAUGGCUGAGAUGAGGAAGGAAGAUGUGUCCGAGGUGGCCAAGGAUGCGGGCCCCACUCUCCUCUUCAUCGCAUACGCAGAAGCCAUCGCCAACAUGCCGGCGUCCACGUUCUUUGCCAUCAUCUUCUUCUUGAUGUUAAUCACACUGGGCUUGGAUAGCACAUUUGCAGGCUUGGAGGCGGUGGUCACCGGUGUGCUGGAUGAGUUUCCCCACAUCUGGGCCAAGCGCCGGGAGUUGUUUGUGCUUGGUGUGGUCAUUACCUGCUUCUUUGGGUCCCUGGCCACCCUGACCUUUGGCGGGGCCUACGUGGUGAAGCUGCUGGAGGAAUACGCCACGGGGCCCGCGGUGCUCACCGUGGCCUUGUUAGAAGCCAUUGCUGUGUUUUGGUUCUACGGCAUCACUCAGUUCUGCAGCGAUGUGAAGGCAAUGCUGGGCUUCAGCCCUGGGUGGUUUUGGAGGAUCUGCUGGGUGGCCAUCAGCCCUCUGUUUCUCCUGUUUGUCAUUUGCAGUUUUUUGAUGAGCCCGCCACAGCUACGACUUUUCCAGUAUACUUAUCCUCACUGGAGUAUCAUCCUGGGUUACUGCAUCGGAACCUCGUCUUUCAUCUGCAUCCCCAUAUAUAUGACUUACCGGCUGAUCAUCACUCCAGGGACACUGAUGGAGCGUAUUAUGAAAAGUAUCACUCCAGAAAAACCAAGAGAAACUCCCUGUGGGGACAUCCACUUGAAUGCCGCAUAA